CCUGGGCGCUUGUUUUGUAGGUCUUGAUCCUGCAGCCUAUUCUAAAAAGGUAGGAGAAGUCUGCUUCCUCUUUUGCACCAGACCUGAGUUGGGUCACUGUGGUAGGUAGUCAAGUCUCUGGUCUCUUAGUCGGUGGUACCUCAAUGGUCUUGGAGCUAUCCAAAUAAACCCACGUCUAACCAGAUAUCCUCAAGUUCUCUGCACUUGCAUCAAAGUUUCAGCACUUCAGUGUUGUUCACUCGGCUUCUUCACCCGACAUCCAAGUUUCCCUAUCGCCGUUCGAGGAACGCUUCCAUGGAUCAGUCAAAGUACCGCAUGGCCGGCGUGCAGGACAAGCUGGAGGUGCUGGGGGUGGAGGACGAUGCGGGCAAUCCCAUCAGCGCCCUGACCAUCCUGUCGCUGCUGGAGCGUGUGGCAGGCAUCAUCGACAACGUCCAGGCUGGCCAGCAGCGCAUGGAGGAGCAGCAGCUGGACCUGGAGACCAACAUCAAGACCAUCCAGGGUGAUGUCCUGAAGCUAGCCAAAGACCACACCACCACCAGUGGCACCGUGGAGAAGCUGCUCCAGAAGACGCGUAAGGUCAGCUCCAAUGUCAAGGAGGUGCGCACGCGGGUGGAGAAGCAGAACUUGCGUGUCAAGAAGGUGGAGACCACACAGGAGGAGCUGCUGACCAGAAACAAGUUCCGGGUCAUCAUUUAUCAGGGGGAACAUGAGAUCCCUUCGGUGGCCGUGACAAAGACCCCAAAAGGAGCUGUUGGUAUGGAGGGGUUGGUGAUCGAACCAGACACCUACGAUGUCCCCGGGGACAUCUCCUCAGAUGAGGAAUACAUGACAGUGGACGAGACUGAAGGAGGAUCCAGAACUGCCCGCUUGAAGGCGUCAGGCAUGAAGGGCAUUGAAAGCAUCAAGCAGGCCUUCUCCAAGGAGACCAUGACCAAGACCAAGGACAACUUGGGCACCAAGUUCCACAACAUGGGCGAGAAAAUGGUGCCCCCCGAAAGACGGGAGAAGAUGCACCAGGCCAGCGAGCGCAUCAAGCACUCUGGCGAGAGGCUGAAGGAGAACAUCGCCAAGAAGGCCCCCACCAAGGAGUCCUUCCGCAUCAAGCUGAAGAAGGAGAGGACCGUGGCCGAGGGCCAGGAGGGAGCUGAGGCUGACGGGGAGGUCGAUGAGGCGGUGACCCCAGUCAAGGGAAGAAAAAGCCCGGAAGUCAGUAAAACCCCAGUAGUAACCUACACGGAGGUUGUAACGGAGAGGGAAACCAAGAGGGAGGGUCCCGUGGAGGAGCCGGCCGCCAUCCGGAUAGGGGAGGUAGGGAAAUUCACUGUGGAGGCAGUGGAAGAGGGCAAGGAGGACGAAUACGACAGGAAGUAGAUCUCCAGCAUGUUGCCGCAACACAACGAGAAGUCACCAAAAUAGGAAGUGAAGCCGGGUAGGAAGAGAGCUUGCGGUGUCUUGCAAGAGAGAGAUGGUCUGUGACGAAUCAACAUGGACGACAGACAAUUUACAUUAUCAAUCCGUUUCAAAAUCAAAGAGAUACUUCUGCUGAAUAUACAGUAACAGCCAAAAGUUUGUACACAACUAUUCAUUCAAGGAGUUUUCUUAAUUUGUUUUUUACAAUUUUCUACAUUGUAGAAUAAUAGUGAAGACAUCGAAACGAUGAAAUAACAUAUAUGAAUCAUGUGAAAGUGGUUGAUAGAAUGCCCGGAGUGUGCAAAGCUGUCAUCAAGGAAAAGGGUGGCUACUUUGAAGAAUCUCAAAUAUAUAAUAUAUUUUGAUUUGUUUAACACUUUUUUGGUUACUACAUGAUUCAAUAUGUGUUAUUCCAUAGUUUUGAUGUCUUCACUAUUAUUCUACAAUGUAGAAAAUAGUAAAGAUAAAGAAAAACCCUUGAAUGAGUAGGUGUGUCCACACUUUUGACUGGUACUGUGUAUACUGACCAGUCGACAGAGGAGUGGAAAGAGUUCUGUGACUGACCUGAUAAUCUAUAAAGAUUGUGUUUCUUCUGGGGGUGUCAGAUGUUGGUAGGUUGACCCACUGUCGUGUGUCAUUGAAAUUGGCUGUUAUUAUUUUCAACUUGGGAAUGAUUUUUAACGAUAUGGGUUGUGCGUGGACACAUUCACACAAGAACACAGAGAAAUGUGUCAAAUGUAACAUUUUCAUGGAAAGACAUAUUGGGAUGAAUUCAUGUCAGGGGUUGUUUGGGGCAACAGCACAUAAGUAUUGGGCACAUUGGUAACUACUGUACAUGAACUGCUAUGUUGCUUUUGGCGUUAAAGUUAAGUUACACAAAAACAAAUUGUUCCCAGAUGUUUGGUUGCUAAUCGAUUUCAUUUGACUAGUCAAGAAAAAAACGCUCGCAAGUUAGAAAUGAAUUUCCACAAAGUGUUUGGAAGGGGAAAGAGUUUAACUGAAAGGAGAAAAGAGAGAUUGCAAAGUACCUUUGAGGUGAUUCUGAAGGUUGAGGAAGUUUGCGUAUGAUAUUGAUCUUAAAUCCGAAUGUAAAAUGUUGUACAUAGCAUAACCGUAAUAAUGAUAUUGGUCAACACAGAUCUCAGCUGGCCUCUGAAGAGUUUGAAAAAAGUCAAACUAUACAGAUAUAAAACUACUGUAUAUAGAUAUAAAUGAUUGAGUUCUGUGUGUUUCAAAAUCCAACAAGGAUUGACCAUUUGGUUACAAUGGGUUCUAUGGCAAGGUUACAGACAAGAUGCAGUAGGUACCAAUGGGUUCUAUGGUUACAGACAAGAUGCAGUAGGUAACAAUGGGUUCUAUGGUUACAGACAAGAUGCAGUAGGUAACAAUGGGUUCUAUGGUUACAGACAAGAUGCAGUUGUUAACAAUGGGUUCUAUGGUUACAGACAAGAUGCAGUAGGUAACAAUGGGUUCUAUGGUUACAGACAAGAUGCAGUAGGUAACAAUGGGUUCUAUGGUUACAGACAAGAUGCAGUAGGUAACUUUUAAUUUAGCCAUUAACAAGCAGACGCAUCGUAAUAACAGUUGAAGAGUAUGUUGAAUCAAAAUGUAUCCAUAUGGUCGAAAAGCACACUAACUAUUUAGCCUGGAAUAAAAAUGCUUUUCUAUUACAAGAGGGAGGUCAUGCAAAGCUUGAGAGUUAAAUGUCAUCUUUCAACUGAACUAUGCGCUGUGAAUUGAAUUUGGUCUGAGGAUAACUAGAUCGUAGUGUGUAUGAUUGUGUAGUGUACUAGUGUUAAUAAAAAUUAAAAUAUAUAUAUUUGAGGAACGCAUUAAGUCAUGUAAAUGGCUUUAGGGGUACCUGUAACAUUUAUGGCACUAGAAGGUUUUGAGCACUGAUGUAAUUCUGUGCAACACUAAGAGGACUUCGACAGAAAAGGUAACACGUGUAUAAACCUAAGUCGUUUCAAAGUCAUUUUUUUUUCUGAAUACAGUUUACAGCAUGUUUAUGCCCUUCUUUUGAUCACCUAGAGGUGCAUUGUUUGUUAUGCUAAUAAUGGCAUCAACUAUCCAAAGGGCAAUGUACAUUCUGCUGUGCUCACAUAUCUGUGAGUCUAACUUGUAGACCUACAGUAAUUCAUGUUCAACCACUAAGAAACGUGUAUGUUAAUAUACUAAUGCAUUAGGCCUAAGUCAUGUGGAUUCGACUGAUUUGAGCCCAGAGUAUUGACGUCAAUGAGUAAUGAGAAGUACAAUAGGUAGUGGUGUGUAGUUGAAUUGUUUCUUACUAGUUCACAGGAAAUGAUUGUCAACGAAGUAUGUGUGCUACAUAAUUUACAAAAAUGUGUAGUCACUUUUUUUAUUAUCUUUUGCCAGACCCCUUGCCAAAUAUUUCCUAAAAGUGCCAAUGUUUUCUUGAGUUCACCAUCCAGGCUUUGUCGCUGUUCUUAGCAAAUGAACAUUGAUUCUGGGAUUGUAUCCUGCAAUAAGGCACAUCCUUUUAUUCAUCUGCUAUUGUCAGAUAGAAAUAGGUUUGAUGAAAGUCGAAUGGCUAUAUUGAUGGAAAACAACAAUUGUCAUUGAUAUGCAUUGUGGCGUGUGACACGUGCAGCAUCACAUAUAUUCAUGAUCGUUUUCUUUUUGUAUUAAUAAAGGCCUAAUGCCACCUGUAUUAAUCAAAACAA